AUGGCUAUCAAGGAAUCCGAUUUGCCGAAGGACACCAAAACGGCAAAGGGUGCUGGGGCUAGCCGCGCGAGUCCACCAGCGUCGGGCAGAACCAAAGGGUCUGGCCGCGUAAACGCAGAACGGCCCGUCAGAACACUCUACGGAGAGAUUCUCAGCCGCAUGAAUUGCAGUCGCAUGUUUAUAGUGGCUGCUUUGUUCGCGGCUUUGGCCGCUGUUGCGCAGUUUGCCUACUAUUAUGGUGUUGUGAUGCCGAAGCGAAUUUCACAGAAGUGCGAGCUGCCGACGGUCGGCUUUGAACAUGAUCCGAAAAUUUGGGGCACGUUUCGGUCACAUUUAUACUUCGGUUUGCGAGCUCGCCACGAAUUGUCGCCACUUUUUGGGAUGAUGUGGUACCAACAACCAGGGGUGGACGGACAGAUACCAAGGAUACACCACUGGUGUGAGCAGGAUAACGGGCCGUCCCGCUAUGCAUGGACUGUAGCAGAUGGGCGUACAUUUGGACGCCAGUCAAUUCGCGAUGGUUCAAUGGACCUUUUUACGGAUUGGCUCAACGAUGGCCCCAUUUGGACAGCGCGCAUCACAACAAAAUCAACCACUGCUUCCAAUUAUGCAUUACUGUUCUAUUUCGCUCUACAGGAUGAGAAAUCGAAAUUAUAUGCAUUCUACAAAGACAACGAAUUGGAUUAUUUUACUGGCGAAUCAGAAUUAUUUGGCAAAUUCUCUGUUAAUUUCAGUACUUCAGCAGAUUUCGCUUCGCGAUCUUUUGUGGCACUGAAAACGAUGGAACACUGGGAUCUAUCACAAAUGAAGGAACUGGCUUUAUCGGCCACUGUAAUUGAUCGCCACCGUCGGAUGCUACGGCUUCAAAGUUUGUAUUUUCCUGAGGAUUCGGUGCCUGAGCUUGAGCCGCGUUUGAUUAUGCUGCAAAUCAAUGUCCCGUCGAAUUCUUCCACCGAAAUUUCAUUUUCUGUCGAUGAAAAAGAGCCAAUCAAAGGAAAGAAGUUCUCGGAAAUUUUGGAGCAGAGAGUGGAGGAGUUCAACAAGAAGUUUGAGACCACGUAUGGAUUAUCAGCUAAGGGUUAUUCUGACAUUUAUCUGGAAAUGGGUCGAAUGGCACUGUCAAAUAUGUUGGGUUCUAUUGGUUAUGCCUAUGGAUUCAAUGUGGUUCAGAGCAGUUACUCCUCAAAACCAUCUCACUACGGUCCUCACGCACUGUUUUCAACAUGUCCCUCUCGAUCCGUAUUUCCACGAGGAUUUUUAUGGGACGAAGGAUUUCACCAGUUGCUGUUCCGAAAAUUUGACCCCAGUUUGUCGCUUGAGGUGCCUUCUUUGGAUACAUUUUUGCUCGUACUGUUAUUGAAUUGUUUUGGCUUGAAAACACGAAGCCGGCAACGCUUUACAAUUGUAUGGCUUGUAGGGGGAUUUACUGCUCCCGAUCUGCCGGAAUAUUCUUUAUCAGUUGUGAAGAUAAUCGCAUCGUGGUUGGACAAAAUGAACAUCGAUGGUUGGAUCCCGCGGGAGAUGAUUCUUGGCCGAGAAGCGGAACAACGUGUUCCAGCUGAGUUUAUCGUUCAGAGAGAUAGCAUAGCAAAUCCACCAAUGCUCUUCUACUUGAUCGACAAAUAUCUUGACGAUGAAAACCAUUCGAAGCAGUACAGCGAUCAGUUGAAAAAAUUCUAUCCACGGCUGAGACUUUGGCACAGCUGGUUGAAUGCGACACAGCUGGGAAAAAGAGCUGGCACCUAUCGGUGGCGUGGACGAAAUGCAACAACAGAUGACGAAUUGAAUCCGAAAACACUCCCCAGCGGUCUGGAUGAUUUCCCACGUGCCACCCAUCCCACGGAUGACGUAAGUUUUUGUAAGCAUUUUUCGACAUUGUUGCAAGCAUCACAUUUGGAGCCAACCAUUCGUUUAUUUCUGUUUAUUUACUUGCCUGGUCAAGCCGCUAAAUUUGUUCGAACCAGUUUAUGA